UUCUCUUCCUCUCUCCGUCACAUGCACACGCACGCACUCUCUCUCUCUCCUGUCUAUCUCGAAUAAAGAAAGAUAUAAAGUUUGGUUGUACUUAAUAUAAAAAAAAAGUACAAUUUUUCUACCUCACUUUGUCAUCGGCUCGUCACUUUCACUUUGUGUGGUCAUCGCCAACACCUGGCGCCCUAGAAGGCGUUGUCGUCAUGUACUUUUAAUAACGAGACGAAGAGUGCACGAACAAGGGAGACUACCCUACGCCGACAGUCAACAAAAAGUGAUUUCCUCCCUUUAGCUAAUCCGCUGUCUGGAUCAAGAAAAAUAACAUGCGCAUGUGUGUAUUACCGAAUAAGAGUGAUGCGUCCAUGUUUGCUUUUGGAUGUUUUAGUAAACUGCCUAAAUAAUUCAUUAUUAGAUUAUUACUAUUUUAAUCAUGUAAGCAAUUUUGCCUCCAGGAGGCGGUGUGUCUAGAUAAAGCGUUAAUUCGACCAGAAAGGCUUGCUUGAGCCUGUGAAUGGAACUCCCAACCUAAGAGCUCCAGAAAGGGGGAGGUAAACGGCAACAAAGAUCGUAGGCAGCAGAAGGAAAAGAAAAACAGCGACAGGCCUGAAAGCGCCCCUCAUGCAAAAUUAUUUUUCCCACACUCAAUAGGGUCGUAGGAAUUUCAGCUAAUCAGAGUGCACAAAAGAUAUGCCAUAAAAGGUCAGUUCAAAGUUAGCCGCGGGAAAAUAUAUGUUGUAGCUGAAGAUGUAGACUAUCAUUGCUAUCACCGAGCAAACUCGAAAUGCCGACUGAAAUUUGUACUUCGUGCGCAAACUUCUCUAAGCAGGAAACUGAAACAUUGUCCAAAGUAAAGGAUUUAUUACCUGAAGGAUAUCAGCACCUUAUCUGCAAAUUUUGUGUGACCAGUGGUUCUAAUGAUCAAUUUGAGGCUACUGUGAGAAUCAACCUGUUUUCCAAAGAAGAUGUGCUAAAGUGGAAGAACAGCUUUCAGGAAUCUUCGAAAGUUACUUUGAGAAUUAAGAGAACAUACCCAGCUCAGUCAACUAAGGUCAUCUACAAGGUUAUGUACAGGUGUCAGCAUUCCACUCAGCCUAGAUCAUCAACUGCUGAUGCUCGGGAGGGCUCCAAGAACACGGAUUGUCCUGCCACAACAUUUCUGACACUCUAUCAAACUAACAUUUGUGAUCCUGAUGGCUACAAAAGGAAAAGCAGAUCAUCUGAUGGUCAUCGAGCAGAUUAUCCGGCUGUUGUACAAAUAAAACACUGUCACAACCAUGACAUCAUUGCAGCUUCGGCUGUUAAGCACAGAGAUGUGUCUGAAACAGCAAAGUUGCGUCUAGAACAGCUGAUGUUACAGGGAUAUGCACCAAGUGCUGCUCUGGAAAUGUAUAAAAAUGACCUACAGUUGGAACAUGGUGAUGAUUAUGUUUACAUCUGUGCUGACAGAGCUGUGUGUCCUGAUCAAGCUUAUGUAUACAGGUUGUACUACAAACUUGAAAAGGAAAAGGUUGAUGGUGAUGCUGAAGAUGAAUGUAUUUUAGAUAAAGAAGAAGCAGCAGACAUAGACAACACUAGUCACGAUGAAUAUAUUACAGAUAAAAAACAAAUUAAUGACUCAUCUUCUUUGUUGGCAGACCUACAAGACUUUGUUAAAUUGUGUGAGCAAAAACUUGCAGCUGAUCCUGCUGCAUUUGGUCCUAGUCUAAAAGCAUUUAUGCAAAACUUUCGCAAAAUUAAAACAGACACCCAUUUGAUAAGGGCUUUCCAUACCUUUGGAAAGUACACUGGAGUUGGUCUAACUACAGGGAAAAGAAAAAUAAUUUCUAAUAAGCGAAUUGGAAUUCAGCCUACGUCUCUGCAGAGGAGACAACGAGCUGUGCCUGGUCUAAAGAGGCAGGGUGCAUGCCGUCAAAAAUAGCAAUCUGAAGACGAGAUACAAGCUUGUCACGAGAAAGGUAAAAGCAGGAAAUGCUCACUUUCAGGCAUUUUGUGACCUACAAGAAGACAAAAAGCACCUCACAGCUUAAUGCAUCAUGUGUCUCAAACUACAUCCCUGGAAGGAACUCAUUAAAGAAAGUAAAAUGUAGCUUUUUUAAGAUUAGUUUAUACUGUUAUUGUAACCACACAUAAUCCUGUCAUUGUUUUCAUGCUUAAAAAAUUUAGUUUCUUGUAACUUCUAUUAUUUCACAUUUCAUUUUGCAGCAAAGUAGCAAGAAAUGUAAAGUUAAUUAUCCCCUGUGUUGUAUUUCUACUUCGUAGAUUUAAUUUAAGUUUUUCAGUUGCACUCAUCAAAGAAACACUUUAGCUAGCAAGAUGUGUAAAAGAAAACUGCUUCUAAACUGUGUUAGGAAACUAUUGAAACUAUCCAUAGGAAACCCUCAGCUUUAUGUCCUGUCCCUACUUAAACAGUGAUUUACCAUUUCAACUGUUUCAACAGCUCAGUACAGUAGAGGAGACCACUAGCAAUGCAAAGGAAAAUGAUGAAGUGCACUUAACAGUAUUAUCUCUAAAGAAAAAAUAGCAAAUGUGUCAAGAUCCUUAAACAAGAAAAAGGCAACUGGGACAGAUGGAAUAAUUGAAGAAUUCUAUAAAUAUUCCCCAGAUUAUGCUCUGCCUUUUCUCACCACAUUCUUUAACUAUCUUUUUGACAAGGAUUUUUUUUCCUGACCUAUUCGGUGGCCAGUCGGCGCUAGCGACAACUGUUCUUGAAUGCCAUCAGCAGCAUUACUUUAUGUUUGAACUGCUCCAUUUGUCUUGAUACGAAUGAAACUGAGCAGCUGUUUCUGCUUAAGAUAUUUUAAAUUCCCCUCACUUCUUCAUUUCACACUCCUAAUGUCCGAUACCAGAAUGCCAGUUACACUACACAUUGCCCUUAUAUUUACAAUUCAUUGGAAAAAAGAAAGUUAUGCUGUUAAUUCCAGUCUUUCACACCUGACCUAGUAUUGUUCAUAUAGAAAUGCAUGUAUAUAUUGAUUACAUGAUAAAAUAUAAUAAAUAUAAGUGUUUUUACCUGUUA